AAAAUUUCUAUGCUUCUCGAUUACAUACUGAUGGAUGGAUAAUUGCUAGUUUUAGCCACAGGGCCUAGCUCCUCCAUCGUGUUUAGGAUGUGCUUUGGAGUUAAUUUGGGCCAAUCAUCCCCAGUAAAUCCCAUGGGGAUUUCUGAGAACUCCACUUCUUGCAAAUGUUUUCCUACAGGAAUAUAUCUCUUUAAUUCAAAGGAUUCUGAGAGCUCUGCUUCUCCCCUAUAAAGCUUGUUUCAUCUGCUGGAUUAAUUAAGAGACAUAUGAAUUUGCCACCAUCCUUCUCAGGGACUUCCAUGGAGAAAACACAUCGUUUGGUUGAUCUGAAGCCUGCAAAUGUACCGCUAGACGAGAAUAUGAUGCCGAAAAUUGCGGAUUUUGGUAUCUCGAGAUGCUUCGGUGAAAAGCAAAGUACGGUGAUCUCUUCAAAACCGUUUGGAACAAUGGGAUAUUUGGCACCAGAAUUUUAUGUGUCUAGACUAAUAUCAUUCAAGUCAGACAUAUACAGUCUUGGUGUUAUAAUCAUGGAGAUAACGGUGAAGUUUACAAGGGAGUUUAUAACAGAGAAGAGAUUGCUGUGAAGAAGCUUUAUAACAUGCAAAAUAUCGAGGGCACAAGAAUUUCUAAACUUAAUAAGGUCAAGCAUCAUCAUUCGGUUAGUUGGCUACUGUUAUGAAACACAACAUAGACAAUGCUAGAGCGCUCUGCUUCGAGUAUAUGAAGGACGGAAGCCUUGAUAAACAUAUUACUCGUAUGACUUGAUAUCAAAUGAUUAGGGGAAUUUGCGAGGGUUUAAGUUAUCAUCCGGACUUAAAACCGGACAGCAAAAAGUUGUACCACCAUAGAUGUACUACCAUGGAUGUACUAAGUAAAUCAUAAGCUCGCAUGAAAAGUAUAUCACUUCCUGGUUCAUCAAGGACUGAAUAAAAUAUUUGGUGAUUCGAGUCAUUUUGGUGUGUACCUAAAUAUUUAUAUCACAGUUGAAUAAAUUGAACCGUCGAGGUAAAAGAAAAAAAAAUACAACGCUUUGGGUGCUAUGAACCAGGCCGAGAAGGUGGGAUGGAACAAGGGGCGAGUCAGCUUAAUUCUCUCAUCCUAUCAUACACGCCACUUGACAUAAGAACUGAGUGCUUGACUGAGGCCAAAUUACCUCAAGGAAGAUUAUGGAGUUAUUCCUGAGCAGCUCAUGUAGGUUUUCAUUUAUCU